UAACAGCUUUCGGCCCGAGGGCCGGGUGGGAACGGUGGUUGCUGCGCUCCGGUCGGAGGGGCGGAAAAGGUCCCUGGCGUGAGGGCACGUUACAUCAUUUCCGUUCGCCAUUUCGUUCCGCGCCUGCCGGCCGCCGCCAUGACGGACCGCUACACCAUCCACAGCCAGCUGGAGCACCUGCAGUCCAAGUACAUCGGGACGGGCCACGCCGACACCACCAAGUGGGAGUGGCUGGUGAACCAGCACCGGGACUCGUACUGCUCCUACAUGGGCCACUUCGACCUUCUCAACUACUUCGCCAUCGCCGAGAACGAGAGCAAGGCACGCGUCCGCUUCAACCUCAUGGAGAAGAUGCUGCAGCCCUGCGGGCCGCCCGCCGACAAGCCCGACGAGUCCUAGCCCGCUCCGCCAGGCUGGGCUCCCCGAGGGCGACUGCCUGCCUGCCGGCCGAGCCCGGCGCCGCUGGGCUGCCCCUGCGCCCCCGGGAAGGCCCGAGGAGCCGCCUCAGCGGGCCCGGGGAGCUUUGGCGUCUGCGGCCCGCCGUACUCCUGGUCCCUCCGCUUCCCUGCUGUGGUGUUCCCUGGAAGGACUCUGAUGGGGAGAAAGGCUUGUAAAAUGCCAGCUUCUGGACAGCUUCGACUCUUUUAACUGUACAAUCGUUCGGAUUUUUUUUAAAAUGGGAAAUAAUAAAACUUAUUGGGCGUUUGUAA